UGAGCAAAACUGAGGAAGCGAGGACUAUCCAGCGGCUUUGUCCGCAGUAGAUACGCUUGUGGUAUUUUAUUGAUCUCACAUUCAUGAAAAAAUUGGAAUAUCCCUUCCCAAGGAAUGAAGCUUACAUGUAGGCUACAAAAAUCCGAAAACCAUCAGAAAAUGAAUCUUUGAGAACUGGUGCUGUUUCAUAGAACACAUUUCCUGUGUAUGACAGCAGAGCAUAGCGAAGCCCUUGUCUCAAUUCUAAAGAAUUUGCCAUUGCAACGAUCCGCGCGGCUAUAACUAUUAAUUAGCCUAAUUAUUUUAAUAUCACGACAUGUGUGACUUAAUGCCAGCUUCACAACCUACCGAAAAAAUAGGUAAAAUGAAAAAGUUGCGAAGAACUUUAUCGGAGAGUUUCAGUCGCAUUGCUUUCAAGAAAGAGGACAAUGGCUUUGAUGAGAUAUGUGUCACAAAGAUGUCCACACGCAACUGCCAGGGAAUGGACUCGGUCAUCAAGCCCCUGGACACCAUCCCUGAGGACAGGAAGGUGAGGGUCCAGCGUACGCAAAGCGGAUUCGACCCCUUCGAGAAGCCCGCCAGUCAGGUCAAGAGGGUCCACUCCGAGAACAACGCCUGCAUCAACUUCAAAGGCUCGUCCACGGGGAAGGAGUCUCCCAAACUCAGACGCCACUCCAGCCCCAGUUCGCCCACGAGCCCCAAGUUUGGGAAAGCAGAUUCCUAUGAGAAGCUGGAAAAGCUGGGAGAGGGCUCAUAUGCCACCGUUUACAAAGGGAAAAGCAAGGUGAAUGGCAAGCUGGUUGCGUUGAAAGUGAUCCGCCUGCAGGAGGAAGAAGGUACUCCAUUCACAGCCAUCAGGGAAGCAUCACUCUUGAAAGGCCUGAAGCAUGCAAACAUUGUGCUGCUUCAUGACAUCAUUCACACCAAGGAAACCCUAACACUGGUCUUCGAGUAUGUGCACACUGACCUGUGCCAGUAUAUGGACAAGCAUCCAGGAGGUCUCCAUCCCGACAAUGUGAAGCUCUUCCUGUUCCAGCUGCUGCGGGGUCUGUCCUACAUUCACCAGCGUUACAUCCUGCACCGGGACCUCAAGCCGCAGAACCUGCUCAUCAGCGACAUGGGCGAGCUGAAGCUGGCCGAUUUUGGUCUGGCCCGAGCCAAAUCAGUCCCGAGCCACACAUACUCCAACGAGGUGGUGACACUGUGGUACAGGCCUCCGGAUGUGCUGCUGGGCUCCACAGACUACUCCACCUGCCUGGACAUGUGGGGUGUGGGGUGCAUCUUCAUUGAAAUGAUCCAAGGUGUGGCUGCAUUUCCGGGGAUGAAGGAUAUUCAAGACCAGCUUGAGAGGAUAUUUCUGGUCCUGGGUACGCCUUCUGAAGACACGUGGCCAGGUGUCCACUCCCUGCCUCAUUUCAAACCAGAUCGGUUUACCGUGUACAGUCCAAAGAAGCUGAGGCAGGCUUGGAACAAACUGGGCUAUGUUGACCACGCAGAGGAGCUGGCCUCCAGGUUUCUCCAGUGCUUCCCAAAGAACCGGCUGUCUGCCCAGGCCGCCCUCAGCCACGAGUACUUCAGCCAUCUUCCCCCCCGGCUCUGGGAGCUGCCUGACAUGUCUUCUAUCUUCACUGUAUCAAACGUUAAACUGCAGCUUGAGACAGGGGAUAGCAUUCAAGUGUGUGGGAAGUCCAGCGGCCUCAGCAAAGGGACGUCCAACAGCAAGCACUGACCAGCUGACACGGCCCCCACCGGAGCCAGCCAGACUGCGACUUCAGAACAGUCAGGCACAGAGGAUGAGGACUGAAUGGCCUGGAUGGGAACACCUUUUCUGUUUAAUUCAUUACGUGCUUCAGAGGACAUUUUCAAUGGUACGCACUUUGGUGGUCACGACAGACUCCUCAGAUUAAUCGAUCAUGUGAAAUGCUGAUUCACUUUCAAAAAGAAAAUAUUGCUGUACAUCGCUGAAGUAUUGGCAAUGUUUGAAUGCCGACAUUGAAUUCACAAAGAGUAACUAAAAAGAGUCUAGCUGAACGGAUGUUGAUGCACAGUGAGUGUAUGUAUCUAUUCCUAUAUCAUGUCCACAGAAACACACAGUACACGCUGACAGAAAGACAGCCACACACACACACACACGCACACACACACACAGCAUGUGUCAGCAUGCUUUUACUUCAUUCUGUAAGUCUUAUCAGGGGCAGACUCAUUAACGUAGGAGAAUGUUAUCAAUAAUUCUUUCACAUGAUGCUAUCCCUUGGGAUCAAAAAAGUAUAUAAUAAGCCUCUACAGUCUGCCAUUCUUCCUCUGUAAUGACAUCACCACAUACAUCACUGUAAAAAAAAUGCUCAAUUUGUAGUUGUAGUAGUAAUAGUAGUAGUAUUAACUAAUAAUAAUAAUAAUAAUAAUAAUAAUAAUAAUAAUAAUAGUGCAUUAUUUGUAUGCCAGUAGUUGAGCUGCUGGUAUAUGAUGGUGCAUGUUCACACCUACAGGGACAGUGCAAACAGGACCAUUGCAUUGACCACAGAUCGGGUUGCAUUCAGUUCUGCUGAAUGCGAUGUUAUCUUGUGUUGAACCGUACUUCCAGUGCAGCGUCCCUGCGUACAUAUUACACAGGUGUGUACUGUAUGUUAACAUGUUAUGGGCAAUACACUUGCAUUGGUGCUACCAUGUAGGUAAUACAUGGAUCCUUUAGAUUUAAACAACUGACCUGGAAAAUCUCGAUAACCUAAAUCUGUGUUUAUAAUGUAACACUUGUAUUAUUAUUAAUGGUAGUGGUAAUAGUUGUAAUAAUUCUCAUUUUUGAUAAGGGACGCAUGACAAUCAUCCUGAGUUUUCAUUCCAUAACUGUCCUCUGAAAGACAGGACUGAAAAUGCAGUAAUUCACUCCCUUCUCAGGUUUCAGUUAGUCUUUCUCAAAUUAAGUCUUUUUUUAUUUCGCAGUAAUGAACAUGUGUGGGUUAUUGAGCUUUUCCAGUGAGAAUUACAUUAGACAGGGAGGGGCCACUGAUCCCCUGCAGGGAGUUUGGGAGGAGCCAGGGUUCACUAGUGUCUUCCCUCAUUCGCCAGUCUCUCAGCUACCAGUUACAAGCCACACCCUCUUUGGGCCUCAUCACAAGGCCUUAUCUGUCACCUGACCGCUACCCCUGAAGAGCGAAAUACUAUUUAUACUCAACCAAAUUCUUCCACAGAUGGACCAUGCUGCUACGGUACUCUCUCUGCGCUUUGCCUCUUGUGUGUACCAAUCUCAGACUGAUUUAUCAGUUUAUAACUUGUUUUAAUGGUACUGCGUUAUGUUUAUUAACAAUCUGGAUCCUUCUUUAUUAUUAUGGAGACACUUGCUGAAAUGAGAACAACAGAUUGAUUUGCUCCAAGUAUCGUCUCUCUGUGAGAAUGUUGAAAUCAACUUGAUCUGUGGAUAUAUAAGCAAUGCUUCAAAUGUGCUGUAGGGCUGUAGCUUAACUGAAUCAGACCUGUUCAAGAGAGAACCCCCCCCCCCCCCCCUUUAUAUAUAAUAAAUACUUGGAGCUAUAAUAUACAUAUGUACCACUAACUGGGACAUAUAGUCCUAUCGAGAUCCCAGAUAUGUACAAAUGCUCUCGUCCUGAAACUCCUUAUGGUCAGGGGGGUGACACCUGGCAGAGAUCACUUACUACAUUGCCAUUUUAUUUUCUCCACCAUAUUGCAGUCUGCUGCAAUUACAAUAUUUUUACAUUUUUACUUACAUUGCAGGUAUUUUCGCUCUAAUAGCCGACUCAAAUAUGUCCAUGUACAGUACCUAGGCCUAUACAUACAUAUUGAAAGCGCUUACACACCGCAGUUUUUUCAGUUUAGGGGUUUCGCUCUUGGUGGGGAAAAACCCUUUGCCUUGUGGCUGUGGGUACAGCUUUAAUCGUGUUACUAUCGUAUGGAUAACAUGCAGAGCAAAGGCUAAUUGAAAUAGUUGGAAUUAUUUUUUUCUAUUAAGAAUGCACUUUUAAAAAGAUCUUCUUUGCUCAACAUUCCAUCUUAAAGUUAUGUCACUUUGCACCCGAAUUGUCCUUAAUGUCACUUGUGCGUGAAGGUAAACUUGGUGGCGAUGGAAUCUUUCUAUAUAGGAAAGCGCUUUAACAGUAAGAUGCGGGAUGAAUAAGACAUAUUUGAAGCGAAUUGUGUAUCAGUUUAAUCCUUGACAAGUAUGGAUAUGUUUAAAUAAAGGGAGAGCAGCCUUUAAUAGUGUUCAAUAGUGUGGCAGAGCUGCGAUAAAGAGAGAACGACUGUACGUUAAGGCACUAAGGCUUUAAAAGAUUCCCGGACCCGGGCAGUGUUAGCAGCUGAAUAAUUAUUUUUAUACGUUAAGCACACUUUCUUAGUAUAUUAUCGCAUUUCCUUUUGAUCUGGCAGCAGCUGCAUCGGCAAAUACGGAAAAUUGUAUGUCAGUGACUGCUGCGUUGAGUUUUUAAGCACUACGGUCCUUUUGAACUUGAAUGUUUUCAAAAAUGUGUCCUCUCAAAAGGAUUAGUCAAUGAAGUACGAAGAAUAGCCUACAUAAAAAUAACAAGGAUUGUAGGAAUACACAUUAGCACUGUGACGGUUAAAAUGAUCAUCGUUUUAGCGUAAUCAUUGGCUCUUGCAUUAUCUCCGUAAAAUAGGCUAUAACAUGAAACUAUAUAGGCUAAUAUUUAAGGGAAUUAAUCAUUGGGUUCCCCGGUUUGCUAUAUUGGAUAUGUUAUGGAAUGUGUAGUCCGUACCACAUGUUAUUAUUGGAUACUUAUGUUCAUCUGUGAAUAUUUAAUCAUUUUGUAACCUUUGUUAUAAACCGUUUAGGCUGUAUAUAGCUGAGGCAAAAAGCCUCCUGUAAAAUGUAAUGGUGACGCUUAAAAAUGUUGCGUUUUGGGUCACGAAUGUCCCCUUUACGCUGUUAAAUGGAGGAUUCAUAUAUAUUUUUGGCCUUGUUGAUUUCUUAUCGCAUAGACGUGUAUAUUCAGAAAGACCUUGGUCUUCUAGUGCAUCCCUGCUGCGCUGAACACCGAAUCCUCCUUUUCGAGUUUAAAAGCUUCACUUGCAUAUUUUCUUUUUUGUAUGAUGCACUGAAAAUACAUACUUUUGACAAGCGGUUUGGAACAUAGAAGUGUUACCAGUCACUUUAUAAACUCUUAAACUCCAUAUAUGGUAGAGUAGCUGUUGCAUUAUUUGUUACAGUAUGUAUGUAAUGUUACUAUGGAAGAUGUAAUGUCCUUCUGUAAAUGUUGUUUAUUGUUGUUUUACCUGAAAUAAAGUUUAUUAAUGCUGAAAAA